GAUUGUUGGCGGGCGCCGCCAUCUUGGUCAGUGAGCUUGCGAGUGGCUGUACGACGAGGUGUACGUAUUUCGGUGAAACGAGUAUUUCGUGCGAUUUCCCUGGAACCCUUCGCCUACCCGUGAAAUCCACGAGCAUCCAAGAUGUCGGAACGGGAGGACAACGUUUAUAAAGCGAAACUGGCUGAGCAAGCGGAGCGCUAUGACGAGAUGGUCGAGGCGAUGAAAAAGGUCGCCUCGCUGGAUGUGGAGCUUACCGUCGAGGAAAGGAAUCUACUCUCUGUCGCCUACAAAAAUGUGAUCGGAGCGAGGAGGGCCUCCUGGAGAAUAAUCUCAAACAUCGAACAAAAGGAAGAGAACAAGGGUGCCGAGAGGAAGUUAGAGAUGAUCCGCCAGUACCGAUCUCAGGUCGAGAAGGAGCUGAAAGACAUCUGUGCUGAUAUUCUGGGAGUUUUAGACAAACAUCUGAUUCCGUGCGCGUCCACUGGCGAAUCGAAAGUCUUCUAUUACAAAAUGAAGGGUGAUUACCACCGCUACCUUGCCGAAUUCGCCGUCGGUAACGACAGGAAGGAAGCCGCGGAGAACUCUUUAGUUGCCUACAAAGCGGCGAGCGAUACUGCGAUGACGGACCUGCCACCGACUCAUCCCAUACGUCUAGGAUUGGCGCUUAACUUCUCCGUGUUCUAUUAUGAAAUUCUCAAUAGCCCCGACAGAGCGUGCCGUCUAGCGAAGGCAGCUUUUGAUGACGCGAUCGCGGAAUUAGACACCUUGUCCGAAGAGAGUUAUAAAGAUUCUACCUUAAUUAUGCAGCUUCUUAGGGACAAUCUUACCCUUUGGACGUCGGAUAUACAAGGAGAUGGGGAGGGCGAACAGAAGGAGCAGUUGCAAGACGUGGAAGAUCAGGACGUAUCGUAACUCUAACUGUAGUGAGUGUUAUCUUGCGUAUAUAAAACUGAAAAAAACACAAGAAAGCAAAAAACUCUUAAUAACUUGUAAGCAAAAGAAAAAAACAAUUCAAGCAGGUGGAAGUUCGGGGUGGGAAGGGGAGAUCUUUAGCGAUUGCGUGACCCUAAGCACGCACGUACGUACGGUUACUCCAAAAAAAUACAUUAACAAAAAGCGAAAAAAAAUCAUUUGAAACAUAUACAAACACACAUACAUAACACACGUUGAAUUAUACGGAGCGCGCAGAAAAGUUAUCAAAACAAAAUGGGCACGCACUCUGAGGUUUAUAGAGAAUGCAAGAGCGUUUAGAGAGGCAUCCGAUGCUUUGCCUUCUUUUGCGUUCAUCCAGAAGAAACAAAAAUGAAAAAUCCAAGUAAAUAUAUAUAUAUAUAUACUGUCUUUAGCACUGUGUAUAUCCGGUUAAAAUUCAAUGGACGAUGUCGAGAAUGUUAAGUGGACAUCGACGGAGCGCGUAUAUUGAUCUGUAUUAAUUAGAAACGAGGGAAAAGAAGGAUGAAAGAAAAAAACAAUACGCAUGAAUCCAGUCAGAAUAAACCUUCGUUUAUGUAGAACUCAGUGUGUGAGAACGAAUUACAUUAUCCCUCAACAUAACAUCUCAUCAAUAUCGAAACAUCCUACUGGCUCGACGUCGAUUGAAAGUGCAUAUACAUAUUGUGUUCGUUUGUUUUCAACCCUAUCCCCGACGUCUCCUCGUCCUUUUCCCCGCUUUUUUACUGCGCGCAUCAUUUACUCCUCGCAUACUACGACGAAUAACGAUAUUAUUAAUGUAUGCGUGUAUAAAUCGAAUGUAAAUCAUCUGUUUAUCUAAGGGAUAAACGCAUUUCCUCCAGAGCUGAAGUUUACGUGGUGAUGCGAGUACACAGUCAGGAUAGAACCGCGCGACUUCAUCUCUGCUUUCUGUGUGUAUAAGAUAUUAUUGAAUGUACUUCCUCGGAUGAAGUGUCCCGACUCGCAAAGCAAAUAAUUUCAUAUAAGUCUCGAACAUGAGUUCCCAGUGUAAUCAUUUGUAAAUGAUCGAAAAGGACUUGCACUAAUCCGCGAAAGCGUUGUACUUAAAAGGAAAAGUGCAGGAACAUCGGCCCGUCUUAAGUCUAGCUUUCGCAGUUUUAAAUUUUACGUUUUAUCAAAGUGAACAUUAUUUUAACCAGUGACAUGAUUGAACACCGUUCUCGGCGUGACGCAUGUUCUUUCGCGGGCAACGAUCAGCGGCAUCUCUUCGAUGCGGCAAAAGAGCAUCGGGGAAUCGUCGAGAAAAGGAUACAUAAAAAAUCAUGGUAGAUGAGCUUUUAAAUGAAAAGAAUGGAUAGAAAAAAAUAAAUUACGUUCAACAGGCAGAAAACCAAGUAGCUAUCCUAGCUAGUCUGUAAUUGUGGUUGUACUUUUUCAUACGCCCCUGUGUAUACUAUAACGAUCGCUGUGGUAUAACAAAUUGCAGAAUAAACGAUUGUAUCCCGAUUCUCUUUUCACCCGCGCUCACUUCCGCUAUCACUGUCCUCGAUUCCAUUCUCAUACUUUCAUUGAUCUCAGUAAUAUGUUCAUUCACAUUUUUAUCGAUAAACCAUUCCGUCGAUUUCCGCUUAUGAAGUAAACAAGAAAAAAUGAAGAUAUUCUUUUUCUUUACUCAUUCUGUUUGUAUAUUCUUCCCAACUAAAAGAAUGUUGGCGAUUCACUGUAGAAAUAUUUGUUUAUCGUGGUAAAUAGCGUAAUUUAAAAUCUGUGUACGUUGUAAAAGAAUUCUUCAAAUGCAAUUGUUCCACGUUCAACAUUCCUAACGAUCGCUCGAUUAUUUAGAAUAUAAAGAAGCUUACGUGCGCAGUCGUUAUGGUGAAGCAGAAGUUCAUUGCAAUUCACAUUUCAAUCGUGUACCAUAAAUUUCUAAUCGCCACUGUAUCACCGAGAAAAACAGAAUCUGAAACUUUGCACAGUCCUUUCUCGUUACAUAUACAGUAAGCAAAAAUAACAUCAAAGAUAAUUUGCAACAAAACCGUAAGCGUGCAGCAAGAAAGCGAGGUGUAUACUCAGAACAAAGAGGAAUUAAACAAGAUCAAACGCCGAGAAGGAAAUGCGCAAACUGAACAAUCCAGAGUUCUGCCUAGAAAUUUUCGGUGUACAUCGUGUCCCUAUAUUUAUUUAGGUAUUAAUAAUACGAUACAGAUUUAUAAUGUAACGUUACAAAGAAUAACUCAAAGUAAUAUCACCGGCAUCGUAAGUAAGUAUAUGCGAGUAAUCUUAAGACCGUGAAACUAGGGUAUCGAGGAAGUUGAAAAGAAAAAUUCAUGCGAAUCGUUCGACCAAUAUUGCCGACAACAGCAUCUUUUAAGAGCGAAUUUUCGUACUUAAAAAAUGCGUCGUCGUCAAUAAUAUUGAUAAUCGCGUUGAAGACACCUUGGAGGGUAACGGAGUACCGUGAACGGAAGUACAUUUAUGAAGAACAGUAGAGAAUCAGAGGACAACAUCAGUAUCAUCACACGCGGAUAAUGAUAUUUAAAAUAGUUUACAUACAUACGUGCAUGUGCAUAACAUACCACGCGUACGAGUGGCAAGUCUCCGGAGAAGAACAAUUUGGUGUACAAUAAAGUGUCUGCUUGUCAGUGGCAACGAAUGUGGCGUUAAAAAUGAAUUCCAAAGGACGAUAAAUUGUGAGAUGCCUCAUUCAAUUAUUUGCUUACAUGAUGGAUUAAGAACAAGAUGAAGUAAUUCAAAGCGAUAAAAUUUAUUAUUACCGCGAUGAUGUAACGCGUAACUGAUUAUGAAAUGAAUUGAAUAAUGUAGAGUGUUCCUAAGUGAAAUCAAAGAGAAAAUCUCUGGUAAAAUAGAAAUGAUAGGUAGGCAUUGAUGUCACCUGAAUUUUAUUGUAGUGCUGUUAACGAAAAGCGUACCUAUAUUGGGAUCGCUUUCAUUCUUUUUUCAGGUACCGUUAUGCGUGUUUAAUCGAUUGUUAUAAAAAGAAAAUAAGAGAAAGAAGAAAGAAAUGACAUAUAACAUAACAGUUGAUAUGUCUACUCCAUCUUUUUAGACGUGCCAUCGUUUCCCUUGUCUCGUAUCGAAUAUUAUAUAUGUAUAUCUCUUUCCACCUUUCUGUAAUUAUCUUCGAAUUAUUCUAUCUUGUCACUAAUCCAUAAAGCGAAUGAUUAGAUCUGGAUAUCAAGAAAGUUUAUCGUAAUUUGGAGGAGAGGCUAAAAAAAAUCUGUCUUUUCUUUUUUCCGAUUCGCAUAUACAUUCUCACGCUCUGUACUACUACUACUAAUUUAACUAUUACAAUCAAUGCGAUUACACCGGGUACGAAUUUUUUCUGUAAAACCACACACACACGUGAAAGCUAUAAAUAAAGUAAUUACAACUCUCUAA